AACCAGUCACUUUUGGUUUUGAUAUCGUUUUCUUUCAAGAAAUAUGGACGGGAGGCAUAAGGUUAAAGUUGAUCCCUUGAAAGAUGUUAGUUUCUCUCAGGACUCGGUGAAAAAUAAAUUUGCGAAGGGGAUAUUACAAGGCAAGGAGCUAGGAGCCGUACUGGAUGCAAUUAUUGAAGGCAAGAAGGACUAUCUCGAUUACAUUUUGAAGAACAUGGAAGAAGCUGAGUAUAAGAAACCUAAUAAAUACUAUGCCAGAAACAACAGAAGCCUCUGGCUUUUGAAACAGUUGUCUUUGAAUGAUUACUCAAAGGUAUUUGAGAUAUGGCGAUCAACAACGAAAAUCGAAGACUGGAGAUUUACAACCAAAAAUGACGGAGCGAAAAUCAUGAUCAGAGGGAAUCCUGGCGGAAAAAAUACAAAACCGGCAGAUUUCUGGGCUAUCGCUACACAGCCUUAUCUCCUGGCAUUUGCCGAGAGAGAGGAAGCUUACAACGAUGAAUCAGACGAUGACUAUGACGAUUAAUAAAUCUGUUUAAAGCAAUUCAAAAAGAUUUU